AUGGAUGUUGUAAUGCAGACUGUUUGGAAUUGGCAAGAAUCGAGGAAAAACGCAAGAGAAGAGCCCAUAGAAAAGCCGAAAAACGGAGAGCAAGAAGGCUCAACAGCGACGUAUCGUAUAGGAUGCAAUACGAUAGCAACGAGCAGCAAGAGUUUGUGGAUAGGCUGCAGGAGAACAAAAACAACAACGAGGGCUCCUCGGAUUCGAGCGAUAGUGGGAUGGGGUUAG